UCAAACGUUUUCGAGCUUGGAUUGUUCUCGUCGUGAAGUUUGUUAUGUGUGAUCGAUACGGUCAACGGUGGCGUGCGGAGUCGUGGCGUGCCUGGCGGGCGCCCGUUGUCGGCGGGGAACCGUGAUUAGGUUCGGCCAUCUCAUCGCGGUGGCGGCGCGCGUCUAGCCAGCACCGGGAACAAUGAUCACGCCUUGACCUUGCGGCGCGGGGGCCGGGGGCAUGAUGACGCCACCGCGACCGACACGCGAUUCGGCUUUCGGAUGCGAUCCUUCGUCGGCGGCAUCCGCGUAAUCAGCGGUCAGCGCGAUUCCGAAGUUUGCGUCAAAAAUACCGGCGGGUGCGCGCCGCGACGCUGAGCCUCAUUCGCGAGCCGGCGCCGCCGCCGACGCGACCGAACGACCGACCGACCGAGCCGACUCCCGCCGACCGAGUGAACGCGACAUGCGCGCGACCAGACAUGGGUAAUGUGCAGUGCUGCGCCAGCGGUCGCUUCUACGAGGGCAAGAAGACGAAAAGCCGAAGAAACAGAAGAAGGAUAAGUCGAAAGGAGUCAGUGCGAAGAAUAAUAACGUUGUUGGUGGUAAACCCAGUGCGGAUUGUAAAGUGAUGGCCGAGGACUCUUCCGAGCGCGCUUCGCCCGCUGCGGCGCCAGCAGAAGCGCUGACGCAGGCCGCGCCACCCGCCGAGGAUGUGCCCGACGGCCAGCCGCAGGCUAGUGUGCAGGAGCCGGGAACCACCGGCAGCGACCACGACGGACAACGUAACGAAAGCAUGGCCGAAGCGAGGGAGCGAUUCUUCACACAGGUACGUUCAGAGGAGUCGUUGCUUGCGCCUGAAAAAUCUUCUAAAAUUGCACGAUGGAUCCCAGAUUUCUCCCUCGAUGGAAACAGCAGUUUGAAGCACAACGGCAGCGCCAAGGAACUGGCCUCCGUGAUGGAGAAUUUGAAGAAGAGCAGCUUCUCCCGCCGGGAGCAAGCUCUCAAUACUCAAGUCACUAGUUCUUCCUCGCAACAGAUGGUUUCGAGCACAACCUCUAGCAGCGCUGCAUCUAGUCAACGACUGCAGGGCUCAAGCCAGAGACUCCAACAUCAACACAGAACAGCUUCGGAAAUGAAAGCAAGUUCAAUGAAGUCAGAUCUCACAGAGCUGAAGAGUUCCAUCUCAGAGAUGAAGAACUUGAGCAACACAGCGGCUUCGAUGAACUUCAACAGAUUAAGAAGCUCCAUGGAGAACAUAGUGGAUCAGGGCGAUAUAGUAGGCGAUAACAGCUUGCCCGAUAUCCGGGAUCUCAGUGACAUGGGUGACAUCACAGACAUGGGGAACAUGUGCGAGCUUUCUGAAGACGGCCCGCUUGUGACCUUCCCUGAAUCCGACACACCUCCGCCUGUCAGCGAGAAUCCCUUGCUUCCUAGUUUGGCUAACGCCGCAUCUAUCAACGCUAGUCUAAACUCGGCGAACAAGCUCAAAUACAGCGCCGCACAAGUGUCAUCCGCUAGUUCUACGAGAGUUGUGACCGAUGGAUACAGUGCCUCAAAUUCAAAAGCAAAUAGCUCACGAAUGCAACAUCUGCAGCAUGGAGACUUGCAAUAUGCGGAAAGAAGUGCCGCUGGAGCGUCACGAAAGUUGCUACAAGCGGAGGGUCUCGCCGCCGAACAAAACGCGGCGUAUCUUCAAGAACAGCGAUCGCUGAAAGCGGGUGAAAUCACGUCUCAAGAAGCAAAGAACAUGUCCGCUACGAGUUCCAAGCUACAGACGGAGGCUUUUAGUGCAGAAAAGAAGGCCAUGGCGUCAACACAAGCUCUCCACACGGUCACUUCAAGUGGCAUGUUCAGCCACAAGGAGCACUCCAGCGUCGCGCAUUCCAACAUGACAAUCUCUAGCAAGAACCUCUCCACAAAAACAAUGCUGUCAUCACAGAUGAGUCAGAUGUUGAACGGAACGAUUAAACCAGGCGACGAAGACUUAACUAACUUAACUUUUGAUGAUUUAGACAAGCUGAAUGCAAAUUCGAAUCAGAAGGAUGUUGAACAAGCCAUAGCGAAAUAUUCAACAAGAAUGAAUGCGUUUAUUACAUCAGUUAAGAAUAAUCAGAUCGAUAGAAAAACUGCUUCUACACAAUUUAACAAAUUAAACGAGAUAGUGCGAAGAGCGUGGGCAGUACCAACAUACGGACAUGAGCUGGGGUAUUCCCUAUGCAACACACUUCGAACAUCCGGCGGUUUGGAUAUUCUAAUGGCUAACUGCCUAGAAUCAAGCAAUCCUGAUUUACAAUUUUCAUCAGCAAAAGUUCUUGAACAGUGCCUAACUACUGAGAACAGAGCGCAUGUUGUUGAAAACGGCCUUGAAAAAGUUGUAAACGUAGCGUGCGUUUGUACGAAACACGCUAACUCGGUAGACCACUCUAGAAUAGGCACUGGGAUAUUAGAACACUUAUUCAAGCACAGCGAAGGCACUUGCAGUGAUGUGAUCAAAUUAGGAGGCUUAGAUGCUGUACUGUUCGAAUGCAGAAAAAAUGAUGUAGAAACACUAAGACAUUGUGCAACGGCGCUCGCUAAUCUGUCACUCUACGGAGGCGCCGAAAACCAAGAGGCAAUGAUCAAAAGAAAAGUCCCCAUGUGGUUAUUCCCCCUAGCUUUCCACACUGACGACAAUAUCAAGUAUUACGCUUGCUUAGCCAUCGCAGUUCUAGUAGCAAAUAAAGAAAUCGAAGCUGCUGUUUUGAAAUCAGGUACAUUAGAUUUGGUAGAACCUUUCGUCACGACGCAUAAUCCGUCAGAGUUCGCUCGAUCGAACCUUGCACAUGCCCACGGCCAGAGCAAAACCUGGCUGCAACGACUUGCGCCAGUACUCAGCUCGAAGAGGGAGGAAGCGAGAAAUCUAGCAGCAUUCCAUUUCUGUAUGGAAGCUGGUAUCAAAAAACAACAGGGCAAUACAGAAAUAUUCAGAGAAAUAGGAGCGAUAGAAUCUUUAAAGAAAGUGGCUAGCUGUCCAAACGCGGUGGCGUCCAAAUAUGCGGCACAAGCCUUACGUCUUAUUGGGGAAGAAGUGCCUCACAAACUAUCACAGCAGGUUCCCUUAUGGUCCAUUGAGGACGUCCGAGAAUGGGUGAAACAAAUAGGAUUCUCUGAGUACGCGAAUAACUUUUAUGAAAGUAGAGUAGAUGGAGAUUUAUUACUGCAACUAACAGAAGAAAAUCUCAAGGAAGACAUAGGUUUACAAAAUGGAAUCAAACGAAAAAGAUUCACAAGAGAACUUCAGCAGUUGAAGAAAAUGGCAGAUUACAGUUCAAGAGACACGGGUAGCCUCAACGAGUUCUUAGGAGGAAUUGGUCCAGAGUACACUAUCUACACGUAUUCGAUGCUGAAUGCUGGGGUCGACAAGGAGUCUAUCCGCGGCCUCAGCGAUGAACAACUGGAGAACGAAUGUCGCAUCGUCAACAGCAUUCACCGUCUGCAGAUCCUAAAUGCUAUCAAAGUUUACGAAAGCACUCUUCCAAGCAAGGGCGAAGAGAACCUCGAGAAGAAUCUAGAUGUAUUCGUGAGCUAUCGACGAUCAAAUGGCUCCCAACUUGCCAGUCUUCUGAAAGUCCACUUGCAGCUCAGAGGGUUCACAGUAUUCAUCGAUGUAGAGAGGCUAGAAGCCGGAAAAUUCGACAACAACCUCCUACAGAGCAUAAGACAGGCGAAACACUUCUUACUAGUUCUCACGCCUUCUGCACUGGACAGGUGCAAACAUGACAAUGAGCAAAAAGACUGGGUCCAUCGUGAGAUAGUGGCAGCGUUGCAGUCUCAGUGCAACAUAGUGCCGAUUAUCGACAACUUCGCCUGGCCGGAGCCCGAGGAACUGCCCGAGGACAUGCGCACGGUCUCCAAGUUCAACGCCGUGCGGUGGAUACACGAUUAUCAGGAUGCCUGCGUUGAGAAACUAGAAAGUUUUCUCCGCGGCAAGUCGAAUCUUUCGAACCGGCUUGACGGUCUUAGGUCCCGUGACGUCAGUACGCCGAGCACGGCGACCAUAGGCCGAGGGCCGCCAAACUACCAGCGGAUGGCCUCAUGCGAGAGCCGAGGGAGUGACAAGAACGAUUGACUAGACAGCUACACGCUGCCGCCUAUUAGACCGCGAAGACGCCGCCAAUCAUCUUUAGAAAAAGCUUCGCCAGUAUACUCGCUUAGUUGCGACCAGCUGUCCGUCGGAAGCUCGCAAACCGCCUCCCCAAUGAAGUCCUUACACAGUCUACCAGAACGUUUAUCCGAAAGUAGCGACAACUUGGACUACAGUGAGGAGACCAAAUCGCGACGAUGUAAAAGCUGCGAGGGCAUGCUGGACGAACAACCCCACACUAUAGAUACUCCCGUAGAAGCCUCCACGCAAACGAAAAGAAAAAAAAACUUCAUGGACAGAUGUGUGAACAAAGUUAGACUAUGUUGAUGAUGAGUGCGACCCGUGAAACGAUACGCUUGCAGUGUGUGCCUUGUAAAUGGCUGCCUUAUUGGACUUAUCGCAUAUUUAUGUGAAUCAUAUUUUAAAGUACAAAAGUGCGCACAAUUGUGUAUAUAUUUGUGUAUGUCGAUGUUAAAAUUAUUUGUUAGUUAUCGAAUACAGGCUCGUAAAUCCGCAAGUAAGGACGCGUUCACAUAAUAAAUCUGAACCAUCUCACUAAGCGACUAAUAUUAGAAGUUUAAAAAAAGAGUUUAUAGACCGAGAGUCUAAAUGUGUAUGUGUCCUUAUGAUGAAGAAAGCAGAGUAACAUGUCUAGUUGCUUUAAAACUAGCUGUAGCUAAAAAUUUAUUUAUCAAUAAAAAUGUAAUCUCUUUGAGUGCAUGACGUGGAUUGACCAUUGAGAUGUGACAUGUAGUUGCUACCCUGCAGUGUUUCAAGAACACCGCAUGAGGUGGUAAUAAUGUUGAAUACACAGUUUGCUAUUCGUUGUAGUAUGGCAAAUUGCUUUUACGCUUUCUGACUUGCAAUAACUAAUUAUUUAAUUUUUAUCUCUCUAUCUCUUCACUCUCUAUACAAAAUAUAUGUGAAUUUAUGGACAUAUUGUAUUAUUUCUUGUUUUAGUGUCUUGCCAAUAAAGUAUAAUGUCAAAUGAGCGGAUUAUACAACAUUACAAUAUGCAUAUGUGAUAGCUUAGAUCUUUUAGAAAUUAUUGUAUGAAGUAAUGAAAUUGCUAGUUUUACUUGUUAUUUAACUUUUCAGCACUCUGAUUUCAAUUCGUCUUGUACCUUAUAUUGUUGAAAAUUGUACAAAAUUUUACCUUAGAAUAAAUUGUUAAUGUAGUCAUUGAUUAUAAUGAGUUAACCAUAUAAUAAUGAAACAUGAUUAUACUUUACCCCCUAAAGAUAUAUAUUUAUGUACUAGUUCUAACCGUGAAAUAAAUGGUAUUAUUAAAAUUA